ACAGAGAGAGGGGCGCAACAAUAUGAUGGACCUUUUUGAGACCAACGCUUAUCUUUUCAGUGAUUUGCGCUAUUUGGAGGAAGGAGAUCAUGGACCACUGCAGCACUUGGACAUGGCGGGGGUGUCUCCUCUGUACAACGGCAAUGACAGCCCGCUGUCUCCGGGCCAGGAUAAUGUUCCGUCCGAGACCGGGGGGGAGAGCAGCGGGGAGGAGCACGUCCUUGCGCCUCCGGGACUCCGUGCGCACUGCGAGGGCCAGUGCCUCAUGUGGGCCUGUAAGAUUUGCAAGAGAAAGUCAGCGCCGACGGACAGACGCAAGGCCGCCACGCUCAGGGAGAGGCGGAGGCUCAAGAAGAUCAACGAGGCCUUCGACGCGCUGAAGAGGAAGACCGUGGCCAACCCCAACCAGAGGCUACCCAAGGUGGAGAUUUUACGCAGCGCCAUCAGCUACAUUGAGAGAUUACAGGACCUGCUGCAAACGCUGGACGAGCAGGAGAAAACCCAGAACGGAUCAUCCCAUAACUCUAACUCUAAAGAACACAGUGUUUCCAGUCAUGAGUACCACUGGAAAAAGUCGUCUGAGCCCUGGCCGACUUCUGCUGACCAUUCCACUGCAGCGAUGAUAAACCAGAGAGAAGGAACCGGUGAGUCCUCUGCGUCCUCCAGCCUCCUGCGUCUGUCCUCCAUUGUGGACAGCAUCACCAGCGACGAGAAAAUCAGCUUCAGCGAGGACGCUUCAGAAAACUGAAACUGGAACAUCAGUGAAAACCUUUGCUAGAAAACAUAUUUAAAAUUUUAAAUUUCCAUUGUUUAUCUCUAAAUUAUUUCCACAGGUAGUCAGCCGUUCUGGCUUCUGUUUGUUGUGUAGUCUUCGUUUGUACAGCAGGAGCAACACAUUUGUACAUAUUUUAUAAUAAUGUGAUGUUUAGAUUUAUUUAUUUUGUAUUCAAAGGCAGACAAACACUUUAAAAAGCUGAUAUUGUAUUUAAAUAUUUGUACAUAACUGAC